AUGGCUGAGGUGAAAUCAGAGGAGUAUUGUUUGGAGAAUAAGCAAUCAACUGUUGCUUCUUGCUCCUCUGUGUCUGAAGGUAGUGGCAGUGUAGUUCAUAAGUCUCCGGGGAUAUGUAGCCCGCCGUCGCCCUCGCAUCGGAGGACAACCGGUCCUAUAAGGCGUGCUAAGGGUGGUUGGACAGCAGAGGAGGAUGAGACAUUAAGGAAUGCUGUUGCAGCUUUUAAUGGAAAGCAUUGGAAGAAAAUAGCCGAGUUUUUUCCUGAUAGAUCAGAAGUUCAAUGUCUGCACAGAUGGCAAAAGGUUCUUAAUCCAGAUCUUGUUAAAGGACCGUGGACACAAGAGGAGGAUGAUAAAAUAGUUGAACUGGUAUCAAAAUACGGGCCGACAAAAUGGUCCUUGAUUGCCAAGUCUUUACCUGGUCGAAUAGGGAAACAGUGUCGAGAGAGGUGGCACAAUCAUCUUAAUCCUGGAAUAAAGAAGGAUGCUUGGACUUUGGAAGAGGAACUAGCAUUGAUGAAUGCUCAUCAUAUACAUGGGAACAAAUGGGCUGAAAUUGCUAAGGUCCUUCCUGGAAGGACUGAUAAUGCAAUAAAGAACCAUUGGAAUAGUUCUUUGAAGAAGAAGUUGGACUUUUACUUAGCCACUGGAAAACUUCCACCAAUUCCAAAAAACAAUUCAUUAUUUGCUGCCAAAGAUACAAUUAGACGCACUACUGCUAAAAUGAUACCUGUUUCAUCUAAUAUAGAAUUAAAUGUAGCUGUUGAAACAUCCUCUGAAACUACAGCCAUUAGCAAGCAUGAUGACAGUGGCAAGAAUCAGUUUGAGUCCUCAGGAACAGUUAGAGAAGUUGGUGAUUCUUCAAGUGUCCCAGGAAAUGAAUCUGCUGAUUCUGACUGUGUAGAAUGCAAGCCUGGACCAUCCAAUGUUGAUCUUUGCUGUGGAAACUCAGAACAUAUAUCAAGAGCUAAUUUUGGAACAACUUAUGGGCCAAAUGAUGAGAAUUCCGCACUCAAUGGAAACUUAAUAACUCGGCAUUGUUUAAGCAAUGGUAAAAUAAGCAAUAGCAGUAGCAAGUUAAUCAGGACAUCCGCUCAAGAAAAUCAGAAUUUUGGUUCUUUGUGUUACGAACCACCAGUUUUAGCUGGUUCAGUUCCUUUAGAUUCUCUUCAUUUAAGUAUCCUCUGCAUGCAGAAUGAGUACAGUUCUAAGUUGCCACCCAUGGGUUUCAUCACUCCACCUCGUGCGAGAGUUAAUGAAUUAUGCACGGAGACCCCUGAAUCAAUAUUGAGAAAGGCUGCUGAUACUUAUCCAAAUACUCCUUUCGUUAAUGAAUCAUGUACGGAGACCCCUGAAUCAAUAUUGAGAAAGGCUGCUGAUACUUAUCCAAAUACUCCUUUCGUUAAUGAAUCAUGUACGGAGACCCCUGAAUCAAUAUUGAGAAAGGCUGCUGAUACUUAUCCAAAUACUCCUUCCAUAUAUAGGCGGAGAAGAACUGGAGUCCAACUACUCACUUCUCCUAGUAAAGUUUUAAAAGUUAAUAUUGAUUCACAUGCUUCUAAUGAACCAGAUAGAACCAAAAACAAUUCUGGUUCUGAAGCUCGGAUGUUGCCCAAGAGUCCCGCAAGCCGUGGCAAUAAGAGUGUUAAUAAGUGUGUUAUUCUUGAUAAUAAGGCAUUCAAUGCAUCUCCACCAUACCGGUUAAGAACCAAACGAACAGCAGUUGUCAAAUCUGUGGAGAAACAACUUGAGUUUGCAUUUGAUAAAGAGAAGAAUGAUGAUUGUCUGCAUGAAAGAAAAUUGGUAGUGACAUAG